AUGGAUGAAGCGAUUGAGCUGCCCCUCGCCAAAAGGCAGCGUAGGGAGCUCACCGCUACUAAAGAAAAGUCCACCAGCUCCAGACUGUUUGCACCCUUUAGAACUUUGGGACUAGUAUCCCCAACCACUGUCCCCUUCACUUCUGUUCCGCUGGGCAAGAUAACCUUCCAAAUCACGACUUCCGUUGGCGAGACGCUGCACACGUAUGACCUACGGCGAGGCCUCAAUCUCGUGUUCCUUACUCGCCCUCAGUGUCCUGCCACGAUAACUGCCACAUAUGCCUACCGAGAUCGAAUCUUUGUGGCUUGGGGCGGAUCGCAAGCUAGCGAGCCUCGAGGAGUCUGGGUCUUCAAGAGAGGGCAGUUGACGGGAGAAUUGGACAUCGAUGACACCUGCGCACAAGAGAUUCGGCAACUGCUUGUCUUUGGGUCAUGGAUCGUGGGUUGCGGGACACAAAGCAUCGAAGUCUGGAAGACCGAUUCAUUUGAGCACUAUACUUCGAUCAUUUCCCAUUCAACCUCAACCAGUACCCGAGAUGGCGGAUCAUUUACAGGCCACGUCUGUACUCUACCGACACUGUUGAACAAGGUAUUCGUCGGCACAAAGCAUGGCUCAGUGGAGGUCUACAAUAUCAGUACGUGCAGACUGGUCCACACCAUUCUCGCUUCUUCCGCACGCUCCGGUGCUGUUACGGCACUUGCUCCGGCUCCUGCCGUCUGCUUGCUGGCGAUUGCAUAUGCCGAUGGCUCCCUCAACAUCACUGAUGUCGAAGCCGAUGAACAAGUGUUGGAACUGCGGCUGGCAAACAGCAAGAAACCGGUUACUUCAAUCACCUUUCGAACGGACGGAAUGGGCGCAGGCGACGAUGGUCGAAAGGAGGGCAUCAUGGCUACAUCCAGCACCGAAAGUGGCGACAUCACUUUGUGGGAUCUUAAUCGUGGUGGAAAGGUCGUUGGGGUGGUGCGAGGCGCUCAUGAAACUUCCAGUCUGGGCCAAGGCACCGGCGUGAACAAGGUCGAAUUCCUCGCGGGACAGCCAGUCUUGGUCUCUUCUGGCUUGGACAACGCUCUCAAAUCAUGGGUCUUCGAUCAGAAUCCCCUUUCACCAAUUCCACGACUCCUCCACUCUAGGAGCGGACAUGCUGCGUCUAUCACCAGACUCAUGUUUCUGCCUGCGUCUUCAGACGGAUCAGACGCCGCUGGGAAGUGGCUCAUGUCCGCCGCUCAGGACCGCAGUCUAUGGGGUUUCAGUCUGCGCAAAGAUGGCCAAAGUACAGAACUAAGUCAAGGCGCUGUGAAACACAAGGCCCGAAAAUCAGGUCUCCUUACCGACGAUGCCUCUGCUGUGGAGGACUUUAAAGCGCCACCGAUUAUUGAUAUGGCGUGUUCACUGAAUCGGGACGGUGGAAUGGGCUCGGUCAGUGGCCCCAUUUGGUCCAAUACAAAAAAUGUCAAUGCAGAAGAAAUUAGUACAACUGGCUGGGAAAGUGUCAUCACGGCCCAUGCUGAUGAUAAAUUUGCAAGAACGUGGUCAUGGGGUAGGAAGAAAGCAGGGAGAUGGGCCCUGGAAACGGGGGACCACAGGGCGGUAACCAGUGUUGCUAUCACUGCUUGCGGUACAUUUGCGAUUGUUGGCUCCGCUGGAGGCAGCCUCGAUAUGUUCAACUUACAAUCUGGCGCCCAUCGCCAAAGGUACCCGCCUCGACUCACCCCUGCACAGCUAAAACAGUUGAAAUUGCAACAAGCCGACCCAAAUCAGGUCCUCACUGCUCCUCCUCGUGGCCAUCGAGACGCGAUCACGGGUAUUGUGGUCGACAACCUGAAUCAGACCAUGGUCACUACUAGCUUGGACGGCUCAAUCAUCUUUUGGGAUUUUUCAUCCGGCAAAAUACUCGAACGGAAAACUCUUGACUCUGCCGUCUCAACUGCGAUUCGAUACAAUCCUGUCUCCGGCCUUCUGGCCCUAUCCUGUGACGACUUAUGUAUACGCAUAGUUGACAUUGAAACACACAAAGUUGUUCGCGAGCUAUGGGGCUGCAUUGGUCAGAUAUACGACCUCUGCUUCUCACACGACGGGCGGUGGAUCACGGCUUGUUCAAUGGACUCGAUUAUUCGCGUCUUCGAUCUUGCUACAGGUCACUUGAUCGACGCAUUCAAGACAGCUGCAACAUGUACCAAUAUGGCAUUCUCCAGUACGGGGGAGUUUCUGGCCACUACGCAUGCCGGAAGCCCGGGCAUAUUCGUCUGGACAAACAAGACCCUCUUCAGUCAUGUAUCCACGAGACAGAUUGACGAUGUCCAUGGAAUCCUUGAUCUGAGCCAGACGACGACCGCGUUCAACGCUGCAACCCAACUUGCCAUCGAAGAUCCAGUCUUGGAGGAAGAUGCUGUCGUCGUCGAUGGGUUUGACGAUUCUUCGGCAUUGGAGCAAUUGGACAAGCAGCUGCUGACAUUGUCACUCCAACCUCAGUCGCGAUGGCAAACACUGCUGAACCUUGACAGCAUCCGCGCGAGAAACAAACCCAUCCAGCCACCAGAGAAGCCCAAAGCCGCGCCUUUCUUCCUGGGCUCGGCAAAUCUCACUAACGGGAGCAAGCCAGAUCCCGAGGCGUCUCUCGUCCCCGUCCAAAAAGGCGUUGAAGAUUCCGAGCGCUCACGCAUCUCCCGCCUGGCGCCGUCCACGAGUCAGAGUCAGGCUCUCUCCCACCAGCAGUCUUUACAACUCUCUUCUCUUCUCGAAACCUUCUCUUCAUCGCCUUCCCCCGACCCGUCCCUCUUAACAGCCCACCUCUCCUCCCUACCUCCUUCCGCCGCCGACUUGGAAAUCCGCUCCCUCAGCCUCUCCGAAAUGCCCGGCUUCGUCGACUUCCUCACCCAUCAGCUCCGCCAGAGGAAGGCCUUUGAACUGGUCAACACGUGGAUGAGCGUCUUUUUGAGAGUCCAUGGCGAUUUUGUCGGCGAGGUCGAGGAUCUGAGGGAGAAGGUUGUCGAGUGGAGAAAGGCCAUGGUCGAGGAGGAGACGAGGCUGAGCGAGUUGGUCGGGUAUACAAGGGGUGUUGUCGAGUUUUUGAGGAGUGCGAGAUGA